CAUGGAUCUUGGCUUGGGGCUUGGCACACAAAUUCAGCAAAACAGGAUUAUGUGGAUAUUGUGAAGAUCCGGUGAACGGCAUAACCUAAAACACCAGCUUCGCUAUUGAUUAAGCAAACAUUGGAUCUUGGAUCGGCGCCAGUUUCGAAUGAAAUGUAAAUUAUUAGUGGAGACAUGUACGAAAAUAAGGAGCAUCAUGGUUUUAAGCACAGAAUGGUCUCAAGUGGAAGUAAUUGACUUGGUUAAUGAUGGCUCAGGCCUUGGCUUUGGCAUUGUCGGCGGCCGCAGUACCGGUGUUGUCAUAAAAUCUAUACUCCCAGGGGGCAUCGCCGAUAAAGACCGUCGGUUACAAAGCGGAGACCACAUCCUGCAGAUAGGGGAUGUUUAUUUGAAGGGCCUAGCCGCGGACCAGGUCGCAACUGUGUUGAGGCAAGCUGGACCGCAGGUGAGAAUGGUUGUAGCACGUCCCAUAGAACCCACUUCCACGGAUUUUGACACUUUCGGCUGUUCUGCGCCAAUAGUUCCCACUAAGAUUUUAACCGAUCCUGAAGAAUUGGACAGGCAGCUGCUACAGAACGGUUACACAACAUUCUGCAGUUACACAGAGACUAUAGAAUGCGUUGAAAAUGAACAGGGACCUGAAAAUGUGGAAGAGAAUUGUGAAAUAGAAAAGAUAAAUGCAGUAAACUCUGUAGAUGUAAAUUUAAAUCAAAAUGAUAGCACUCCCAACGGUUUGUCACCUGUCGGCUUCAGACAACUGAUCGUAACCCCUGUCGAUAUAGAAUACAACUCUGAAACGGAAACGGAGAAAUUCACAGUCACGUUGAAUAAAGGCGAUCAAGGUCUUGGCAUAACGAUAGCGGGAUAUGUUUGCGAAAGGGAGGAUUUAUGUGGAAUAUUUGUAAAAAGUUUAAGCGAGGGUUCUGAAGCAUACAAAUGUGGAAACAUCAAUAUAAAUGAUAGGAUUGUUGAAGUGGACGGGCAAUCUCUCGCGGACUUUACCAACCACGAGGCAGUUGAGAAAUUGAAACAGACGGGAUCGGUUGUUAAUAUAACUUUUGAAAGGUAUUUAAGCGGUCCAAAAUUUGAGCAGUUGCAAGAGGCUUUGGCCAGUCAGGAGCAAGACCGAGCUGUGAGUCCAGCCUCUCCGUCACUAACAACGUUAAGCUGGAUUCCUAUAGAAAACUUCGAGCCUGAAAUAGAACCCGAGAGGGAAUCUGUCACGAGUGUAAAUAGCGAAAUCUACGAUCAAAACCACGAGUCCAAAGAGAUAUUUAUAGAAGAAGAUUUUGAGGCGAAUCCCGCUGACGACCUCGAGACUGCAAUAAAGCAAAAGUGGGAGGACAUAAUAGGCUCACAAGCCGACAUAGUCGUCGCUAAUUUAACAAAACUAAAGGGGCUCGGUAUAAGCCUUGAAGGCACGGUAGAAGUCGAAGGCGGAGUAGAACUUAGGCCCCAUCACUACAUCCGCUCUAUACUUCCAGAAGGACCCGUGGGCCAAAACGGAAAGUUGGGCCCGGGCGAUGAAUUGUUAGAGGUUAACGGGCAAAAAUUGCUCGGUAUCAAACACGUUGAAGUUGUGAAAAUACUGAGGGAACUGCCUAGUACGGUGAGGUUGGUUUGCUCAAGGGAAAAUAAGAAUAAUAGAGUGAUAAAUACGUCACAAGAUCGAGAAGCUUUCGAGGCCAGGAAUAUAUUAGGGGGGAGUUUGAAGAAUCUACUUCCGCAGCCAGAGCAAAGGUUGAUAAAAGCACUCAGUGAUACUAGUCUUAAUACAUCCAGCACUGUUACAGUAACAGAUGAACCAAGCCUGCAAAAGGCAAAAUCACGUUCACUGGAAGUGACAAAUGUCGCAAUGUGGUCCGAGGAAAUAGAAUACGUCGAACUAAUCAAGAGCGAUAGGGGUCUGGGCUUCUCCAUUUUAGAUUAUCAGGACCCGUUAGAUCCCAAAUCGAGUGUUAUAGUGGUAAGGAGCUUGGUGCCACACGGCGCUGCAGAACAGAACGGUAAAAUCACCCCUGGGGAUCGUCUGAUCAGUGUAAAUGGUAAAAUUAUCAAAAACGCCACACUCGAUCAGGCCGUUCAGGCCCUCAAGGGAAUUCCACCGGGAAUAGUGAAGUUGGGGAUUUCGAAACCUUUACCGACCUCGAGACCUGGCGAGACUGCAAGCAGUCAAACUGUGGAAUCAUAAAACUUCCUGUAAGGAACGUAGAUAAAAAAAUCAAAGUUGUGGGUGAGUGACUGGAUGUUUUUGAAUUUUUAUGAUCAUCUCCGAUAAUUUUUAUAUUGCAAACUUUUCGGGUUCAUUUGCGGAAAUGUAUGGUUUGUUCAAUGCGUUUUAUUUCCAGUGCUGGCGUUACCACUUAGAUUAUAAAGCCUCAAUGCUUUGCGCAUGACGUCACUUCAGUGGUGGUAGAUAUAUCGUUCGGUAAAGCAAUAAAAUGAAAUAAUGACGUAUUUAUGUAUAAAAAAUGUAUUGAAAUAAAAUAGAUAUAAUACUAUAUUUUAUUACAAGUGUAGAAACUAGACUUUUCCUAUGCACGUUGAGAAAAGCAGCUUAUAGAUGAGUAACUGACGAUAUUUUAAAUUAUACCUCUCGCAAAAUGACAACAGAAAAAUAAUAAAAGUGAAUUGAACAAAUUAUUAAAGUACUUUAUUUCUAAACAUAAACAGAAACAUCAAAACAAAUACAGAAUUUUUAAGUUAAACUGUUUCCUGUUAAUGUUAACGAAGAAUAUUAACUUCUUUUGAUAAGAUUUGUAAAAAGCUUUAUGGCCGAUUCCACCUCAAAUCAUGUAGAGUUCCAUGUGGACUUGUCACCAAGCUACUCCAAAAUAUUUUUUUAUUGUUCUAGGUCAAAAAUAAGAGGACCCCUAUUUUUUCUUUUUCCUCUCAGACGCAUAGUUCCAUCUAUUAUGUACUCGGAAAGUGCAUCACUUCAUGAUGAUGCGAAAUGUGAAACAAGCCUGUAACUUCUUUAUUUUUUGGCCGAUUUCAAAUUUUUUUUUUAUGAAAUGUAGGGUAAAAAAAACUAU